AAGCCGUGGGCGCAUGCUUCUUGGCCUCAUGCGACUGAUCAAUACCAGGUCCAGUAAACAGUAACCAGUGUACCUCAAGACACAGCAAGCACCUCUCGGAGCCUAAUCGUCAAAUUAAUAAAAUAACAUUAAUAUAUAGACAUACAGUUUCCAGACUAAAAAGGAACUGUGGAACGAGUAGAUUAUGCAUUGAAAAGGACGAACAAAAAGGAAAAAUUCAAUUACUUAAAGAACGCACAAGAUGUGAAGGGAUAUCACUGAGCUUCUGGCCGUAGUCGACGUACAUUAGUACAAAACAAAGAUAGUACAAAAACAGGCGUUUAAUUUUUGUAACUAAUUUUAUCGGCCCAAAUUUGACAUUCGAUUGGCUUAAUGAUGCAUGCAGUAGGAUUGCACUCGGCGCUUGCCAUCAAAAGGCAGAGAAAGCGCAGAAAUGAACAGAAACGGGCCAAGGAACGAAGAUACAGUUCGCAGUCAACAGAGUCGGGCCUGGGAGAAUCACGAUCAUCAUGUGCCAGUCCGAGGAACAGCACAGGAAGCCUGGAAAAAAGGAAGAGUCGCCGAGGUUACAGAAAGCCGAAAGUCGCCGAGGACAAAGUCGUCUCCAGCGUCGGAAUGCUCCACAUCGGAGUAGUCUUCCUCGUUUUGGGCCUUUUCCUUCUUGGCUCCGGCCUCAUACCAGACGACCUUGAUAAUUGGAGCAAAGAUUACAGAUGGUUCAACGAGCUAUUUGUCUCUGGCCUUGGAGCAAUAAUCCUCGGGCUAUUUUUUAUAAUACUGAACAAGAUUAUCGCAAAGAAAGAAGAGGAUGACCUGGCUGAGUACGUGCAGAGGCAGUUGACACGAUCGAAAUCAGGCCAUCGACUCGUGAGGGAUGUUGAAACCGGCUGUUUGACGACAAAAGGGGAAUCGAGGAGCAGAGAAGAGCAUCUCCUUGAAGCUGAUAUAAAUGGAAUAACACCAGUGCACUUUUCACCCACUCUCAAAUCUCCGCCGCCUUUAUCGGUAUCCACUCCGCGAUCAGAUUUAGAAAGAAUACUCGAGGAAGAAAUCUCUGAAAAAGGCGAAGAAGAUACAUUUGAAAGAUUUUCUAGGGAGAAUGCAGUAAAUAUGAGCUAUUCGCCAAGUCCAGAAAAAAGAGAAUUGAUUACGGCUAGAUAUUACGACAACCUCGAAUUUUAUGAGAAAUGAACUCUUCUAACUCUACUAACGAUUUGAGUAUGCUGAACGACAAUUCUGCUUCAAUGAUACGACGCUAACCAAACAUUAUUUGAUUCAUAAAUGCGGUCCAAGGGAGUCCCGUGUUUAUUGAAUUAUGUACCGAUUUAAUUUAUUGGAAAAUAACACUAUCAGAGUAAUUUUAUAUUUAUACAGGGAGAAAGUAGAUGUUGAGCGAUUACAUGACAUCGAAAAGUUUGGUUUUAUUACGGUAAAUAUUGAAAUAUUUGUAAUAUUAUUAAGAAAUAAUUGUUCCACUUGUUUCAGACUAUGUGUUUCCUCUAUUUAACAAAAGCUGGUUUAGACAUUUGUACUUUUCAUCACUUACAAUUUCCAUUAAUAGUACCUCACUUAUACCCUUUUAACCCUAUGUACUUAAUAAAAAUGAUAAUAUUUAUAUUUUUCUAUGAAUAUGUAGCUACAAUUUCUAAUUAUUUGGGCCAAUUCAAAAAUGCAUUUGCAUAAUUGCAAUACUCAAUGCUUGUAUACAUGUUUUAAAAUAAUAUAUUUUAAAUAUUUAGAAAUAUUGAAAAUAACAUUCAAAAUAAAAGUAAUACUCAGAAAAAAAUGAUUUUUGUUUUGUCUCAAUAAAUUCAAAAGUGAAAUGUCGCCAUCCAAAAGGUUAAUUGUUUAACAAUGCAUUCAACAUAUCAACUUCUUUGUCCAUAAUAAAUGUUUUGUGAUACCUCAUAAUAGUUAAAUAUUGUAAUUGUGAGAAUUCAAUAUAUUGCGAAUUUAUUAAUGUCACUCGAGAAAAAAAUUGUAGCUUUUAAGAUUUUCAACAAAUGUUUCUUCUUGCGUAUAGGUAGUGUUGACUAUCAUAUUGCCAUAUAGGAAUUUUUUUGUGUUAAAUAUUAUAAAUAUUCCAGCAAAAAUAAAGUAAAUGAGGAAUUGCAUUUGAAUACAAAUAAAUUGAAAACACAGCAUUGAAACUGAACGUUUCCCAUUUUUGCUUCGAACCUGCCACUCGUCCAAUUUUUUCCAAUCCUUUUUAGUUGUUAGUGUAACCACAGCUGGUUCUGCCUGAAUGUAGUUUCAGAAAAUGGAAAAAUAAUGUUAUUGAUGUAAAUUGGGGUUGGGUCCAAUAAACAAAAACGUAUGUAAUUUUGAUGAUGAGAGAGAGGUAAUUGAAGACGUGCAUAGGAGAAAUUUAUAUUUGCUUAAUUUAAAAAAAUAAAUAAAUAAAAACACAAUCAUUACUUUGAUACAAUUAAAAUAAUUACAAUUUGUUCUUUGUAACAUUGUAUAAUAUAAAGCAUUAAUCUGCAUGAUUAAAACAGUAAACAAAUGCUCAAUAAUAAUUAUAUUCUAUUCUCUGUAUACAAAUAUAAAAAUAUAAUGAAAGUAUUAUUUGUAUUAUUGUAACAACAUUAAUAUAAUAAUUUAAGAAUAAAAUUUGAUUGACACAAUAUGGAAGUUAACUUAUGUAAGUUAAGGUUACUGAAUGAAAACAACAAAGAAAGAUUCCAUUUUGCCACAAAAAUCACUUUGCUAAUCAAAUUUGAUUUUUUCACUCUAUUAAUUUUGUACCAAGCAAUGUAUUAUAUCUUUUUAUUUAUACGUAGUCUGCUGAUAUAAAAAUAUUAGAAUUCCAUUUAGUGUCUGUUUUAAUACGUGUAGUAUUUCUUCCAAUAAUCAGUAAUAAAUAACACUAUAAAGUAGUUGUAACAGUUUUAAACAUUUGCAAUUUAAUGCAAAAACGUCAAUUACUCAUGCUGAUCAAAUUUUUAAGCAUUUUAUUUCUAUAAUUUGUCUAUUUAAAAUUCAUUAUUUUUUUAUAAUAAUUGCAAGU